AAUGUAUUUAUUAGUCUGAUGCAUAAUGAAAAACAUUAUUACGUUGCACUUGUUGACAGACAAAAUUUUUUUUACCUCGGAACCGGAUAUAUAUUUGAAAAACUGACAAUCUUUCUCGAUAACGUUUUGAUUCAGUAUAUAAACAACACACCAUCCAAGAUCCAACAUUUGAAAAUUAAAAAUGUCAAAUUCUCUCUGAUAUUGCCAUUGCAUGAAUUACUUCAAAUGGCAUAGCGAUUUCCAGUUUUUUAUCCGCGUCUGUAUGUAAGAAAUAUAGUUGAAAUCGAUGAAAAUCAUUGAUUCAGAUCACUGCUACUUCAAGUCGCGAUUUUUCCAAUUUAUACCGUCAAGUUUCAACCCCAUUUAGAACUUUCGACAAAAGUUUCUCAUAAAUUGAAAAUUUUUCACCCAUCGUGUACUUGGAUUUCUUUCGAAAAUGUCGCAAUCUUGUCUUCUCACAAUGCAAUAUGAGCAGUAAAGUGAACACAGAAAGAAAAGCCAUCGCUCUGAAAAGUAAGAGAGAAUCUUCAGAAGGUGAUAAACAAGUGGUUCUACCAGUCAGCAAACAGCUUUCGAAUACAGCACCUCCGGGUGACGUCUUGGUUUUUGAUAAUUGCAGUACGACGGUGCAAGUAACCGUUAAAACAAAGGGUCGCAAGCGUACUUCCACAAUGGUCAGCGGUAGCCCAACAAACCACAAAGCAAUUGAGGAAAAGAAAAAGGCAAGUGGUAACGGGGAACAUCAUCACAAUUGGGGAAGAAUAUUAGGAGAUCAAAAUCGCAUUGCCAUGAAGCAGAAUCUCCAGCAAAGUCUGCAACAGUAUGCAGCUAGGACUCAUACUUCCAAGUCAACCAGACAGAGUACAACGGACUCCAAGGAGGCCAGAAAAUUGCUGGAAGUUCACAGGUCGCAAAGAUACGAGCUAGGUCAGGUCGCCAGUAAACAUCUUGACGAAAUUCCCACGAAGCAAGAUCCACCGUCCAAAAAGUCUUCCGAUCAUAUGAAAACGCAUAUUCCUGCUUCGACAAUGCCUUCGUCAACCUCAAUCGCGAGUAGUAUGGAAUCCAUUGUCGUGGUUGAUAGAGCAGUUCAAUGCGGAGGAAUCUUUGAUUUCUCUAACGACAGAUUUGGGGUAUUCAAUCCUGUUCGUACUUUGGGAUUCUUGAUGAAGGAGCUCGAAGGACUUGUUAGAGAUGAGAGAUCGAGCAAAAUUCUUUCUGAAAUGGAACAAGCUCUAUUGCGGAUACCAACAGAGCCUGGAAAACCGACGCCUGCGGACGUUGACGCCAUAGCACUCAGAGUACAAUUGGAAGCAAGUACGGCAAAACUGGAAUCAACAAGCCAGAAAUUGAAUGCAACUUGCGAAAGCUUGCGCGAGCAGAGAGAUUCUCUGCAACAACAAGUUCAAAAGCAGACUUCACUUUUGGAGGAUGCCCGACAUCGAGAGACAGUGUUGGAAUCAGACUUGAAAAGAGUUCAAACGAAACUAGAUGAGGCAACAACAAUGGCUUCGUCGGCCCAAAAAAUAAUUAGUGAGUUGAAAGAUGAUACCAAAAGAAUAGAAACGCUGCAGAAAGUUAUUGCAGAUCUCAGAACUGAACUGAACGACCAAAUUGAGCUUGCACAGCAGCGAUUUAUGGAAGGACAGUACCUUAGAUUGGAGAAAGAAAAAUUAUUAGUUCUAUCAGCCUAUAAAGAUUCGCAACUAGCCCAGCACCGCACAGCCGUUAAAGAACUUCAAAUCCUGAUAACUGAACAACUGACUGAGUUGCGCGAGACGUACAAAAACACAGAAGACUCCCCGGACCGUCACAGCUCGAUGCUCCAUGCAGGAAAGGCUUGUUCGUCUCCUACGCCAACUUCUUCCGAGCAUUCCAACACUAUUCAACCCUGGCAUGGUCUGUCGGAUAUUUCGUUGUCAACUGUCGAACCAAACACUCAUAAUUUUGGUGAUCAAAAGGCUGUAACGAGUCAAGUUAAAAAUUCGUCAUUUCAUGGAGAAAUGGCUGGGGAUUCGGAGAGGAAGCGAACGGUGAAAGACGUAAAAACACAACUGGAAUUUAUCAGUUUGCCUGGUGGUGAAACUGGUGAAACUUCGCGUACAAUGUCGUUACCUAUUUAUAAAGGCGAGGAAUCAAAACGCCACAGCAAUGCAGGAAUCGGAGAUGAGGGUGAAGCAAGUUGUGAUAAGAGUAAUGAUUUGUCCGAUAUUGUUGCUGGGAUAGCGGAAGUAGAGAAGCCUACAACAACUGAUGAAACGGAUGGAAAAAAUUUUGAAAAAAGGGAUCAAAAUGGCAUUCGAAGUUUGUUCAAACCAAGAAAGUCUCCAUUAGAAAAAACUAGGAAACAUCGAUCUAAUAAAGAUCAUUCUAGGAAUAAAUCUGUAGCUAGAGAUAUUCCCACACAAAAUAAGGAAUAUUCUUCGGGAAAUCCAAUAGAUAUUAGCAUAAAGGAGCAGUUCCAAAAUAUCUUCAAAGACAUCAGACAACAAAGCCGCAUACCUGUUAAUAUUCCAAGUCCCCCGCGGCAUUAUCCUCAUUCUGACUGGAGCGACAGUUCUUUACCAAGUAUCAGUGGCGUUUCAGAAUCUAAUAUUGCUUAGAUGCAAUAAAUUAUCUCACUUACCUGACAAAGGUGAGAUUGUUCUCAGAUUUAACACCGCAAAAACGUUAAAACGUACUACGUAAGUAGAGAACUUGCCAAAAAAUGUGAGACCAUUUUAUUGCUGAAAAUGUGUUGAUGGUCUCAAUCCAGAGAAAUUCAUUCUCUUUUACGACUAGAUGUUGCUCAUAUUGUCGGGAAAAAAUUCGUCAAACAAUGGUACUGUCCGAGUACUUCGUUAUCAUUACAUAACAGGUGUACUUUCGAAGCUAAAAACUUGAAAGAUAAGCUGUUUAUAUUUAAAUCUAUGCACAGUUUUCAUUUACAUUGUACCUCGAGGUUGUGAUAUUGAUUUUUUUUUCAUAUAUGAUGGCUGACUGAGUUUCCAAACCUGUCUCACUCUUCCUAUCGUAAUCGUCAAUUGUCCUUUGGUCAGUAUUCUCUUAGUGUGUUUUCUAGAAAAUUACGAGAAACGAGACUUGAUGUUAAAAUUUUUAAUUUCCUCUUCAAAUUUUCUUCAAUCUUCUAAGCUAGCAAAAUGAAAUUAGCAAUUAUCAUUGACUGUAACGUCAAUCUUCUUCGCAAUUAUUGCGACGAAUAAUAUUAUUUUUGUACCACUUUUUAUAUAAAAUAAAUAUUUUUUCCCAAUGAACGUCAAUCGUCGGUGAUUCUUCGAUCGACGAAUCGUUUGGCGUUGUUCAGGCAUGUGUGUACUAUUGAAUAAUAAGUAUGUGCGAAAAUCAGUAAUCGGCGAUG